UGUCAAACAUGGCUGAAGCGCCGCCGCUGCCGCUACUGCUGCCGCAGGGAAAAUGCUGAGCCCUCUCGGGCCCGGUGGGCGGCGGCGGCGAGGGCGGCGACGGGCACCCGCAUCCCCGGCGCGGCGGCGGCGGCGGCCAUGGCCCGGCUGGCCGACUACUUCAUCGUAGUAGGCUACGACCACGAGAAGCCAGGGUCAGGAGCAGGUCUGGGGAAAAUAAUCCAGAGGUUUCCACAGAAGGACUGGGAUGAUACACCUUUUCCACAGGGAAUUGAAUUGUUUUGUCAGCCUGGUGGGUGGCAGCUGUCCAGAGAGAGGAAGCAGCCAACGUUUUUUGUGGUGGUCCUGACAGAUAUUGACUCAGAUCGACAUUACUGCUCAUGCCUAACCUUCUAUGAGGCAGAGAUCAAUCUUCAGGGAACAAAGAAGGAAGAGAUUGAAGGUGAAGUGGAAGUGUCUGGUUUAAUUCAGCCUGCAGAAGUGUUUGCUCCCAAAAGCCUGGUGUUGGUAUCCAGAUUAGAUUAUCCAGAAAUUUUUAGGGCUUGCCUGGGUUUGAUCUACACUGUAUAUGUGGACAGUCUGAAUGUCUCCUUGGAAAGUCUCAUUGCAAACCUUUGUGCGUGUCUUGUCCCAACAGCAGGAGGGUCUCAGAAGCUGUUUUCCUUGGGUGCAGGAGAUAGACAGCUGAUCCAGACUCCCUUGCAUGAUAGUCUUCCUGUCACAGGCACUAGUGUGGCUCUCCUGUUCCAGCAACUGGGAAUUCAGAAUGUCCUCAGCCUCUUUUGUGCAGUCCUCACAGAAAAUAAGGUUCUCUUCCAUUCUGCAAGUUUCCAGAGACUUAGUGAUGCUUGUAGAGCCCUGGAAUCAUUAAUGUUUCCUCUUAAAUAUAGUUAUCCUUACAUUCCUAUUCUCCCGGCUCAGCUGCUGGAAGUUCUGAGUUCCCCAACACCUUUCAUUAUUGGAGUACAUUCUGUCUUUAAAACUGAUGUUCAUGAACUUUUAGAUGUAAUCAUAGCUGAUUUGGAUGGAGGCACUAUUAAAAUUCCUGAAUGUAUCCACCUCUCUUCCCUUCCGGAACCACUUCUACAUCAGACUCAAGCAGCUCUUUCUUUGAUUCUACACCCAGAUUUGGAAGUAGCAGAUCACGCUUUCCCCCCUCCACGAACAGCUUUAUCUCACUCAAAAAUGCUGGAUAAAGAAGUACGUGCAGUUUUUCUUAGAUUAUUUGCACAACUUUUCCAAGGAUAUAGAUCAUGCUUACAACUUAUACGAAUUCAUGCAGAACCAGUAAUACAUUUUCACAAGACAGCUUUCUUGGGACAGCGUGGUUUGGCUGAGAAUGAUUUCCUCACUAAAGUUCUCAGUGGAAUGGCAUUUGCAGGCUUUGUUUCAGAAAGAGGUCCUCCUUAUAGAUCCUGUGAUCUCUUUGAUGAGUUGGUAGCUUUUGAAGUAGAGCGAAUUAAAAUUGAAGAAAAUAACCCAUUGAAGAUGAUAAAGCAUGUCAGAGAACUUGCUGAGCAACUAUUCAAAAAUGAGAAUCCAAACCCUCAUAUGGCAUUUCAGAAAGUUCCACGCCCAACAGAAGGAUCCCACUUGCGAGUUCAUAUUCUUCCUUUCCCAAAGAUUAAUGAAACUCGGGUACAGGAGUUAAUGCAGGAAAAUCUUGCUAAGAACCAGAAUGCACCUCCUGCUUCAAGAGUGGAAAAGAAAUGUGUUGUGCCUGCAGGACCACCUGUUGUUUCAAUAAUGGAUAAGGUGACAACAGUUUUCAACAGUGCACAGAGAUUGGAAGUUGUUAGAAACUGCAUCUCAUUCAUAUUUGAAAACAAAACAUUGGAGACUGAAAAGACACUUCCUGCUGCAUUGAGAGCCCUUAAAGGAAAGGCAGCAAGACAGUGUCUCACUGAUGAGCUGGGUUUACAUGUUCAGCAAAACCGGGCAAUAUUAGACCAUCAGCAGUUUGACUACAUAAUAAGGAUGAUGAACUGUACUCUACAGGAUUGUUCAAGUUUAGAAGAAUAUAACAUUGCUGCAGCAUUACUCCCUUUGACCAGUGCUUUCUAUAGGAAACUGGCCCCUGGAGUCAGCCAGUUUGCUUACACCUGUGUACAGGACCACCCCAUUUGGACGAAUCAGCAGUUUUGGGAGACAACCUUUUACAGUGCGGUGCAGGAACAGGUUCGCUCCCUGUAUCUCUCAGCCAAGGAAGACAAUCAUGCCCCACAUCUAAAGCAAAAGGGUAAACUGUCUGAUGACCAGUAUCAGGAGAAGACAGCAAUGGACUUGGCAGCCGAGCAGCUACGCCUUUGGCCUACUCUGAGCAAAUCAACUCAGCAGGAGUUGGUGCAACGUGAGGAAAGCACUGUCUUCAGUCAGGCCAUUCACUUUGCAAACCUCAUGGUCAAUCUACUAGUUCCACUAGAUACAAGUAAAAACAAGCUCCUAAGAACAUCAGCACCAGGAGACUGGGAGAGUGGGAGCAACAGCAUUGUCACAAACAGUAUUGCAGGAAGUGUGGCUGAGAGCUAUGAUACAGAAAGCGGGUUUGAAGAUUCAGAGAAUAAUGACAUUGCCAAUUCUGUUGUGCGUUUCAUUACCCGAUUUAUUGACAAAGUUUGUACAGAGAGUGGAGUUACUCAGGAUCACAUCAAGAGCCUGCAUUGCAUGAUACCAGGAAUUGUAGCUAUGCACAUUGAAACCCUAGAAGCAGUGCAUCGUGAGAGUAGAAGACUUCCACCUAUACAGAAGCCCAAGAUUCUUAGACCUGCUCUACUGCCAGGAGAAGAAAUUGUUUGUGAAGGUCUUCGAGUCCUGCUGGAUCCUGAUGGAAGAGAAGAAGCCACUGGAGGCCUUCUUGGAGGUCCUCAGCUCCUGCCAGCAGAAGGAGCCUUGUUCCUCACCACAUACAGAAUUCUGUUCAGAGGGACUCCCCAUGAUCAGCUAGUUGGUGAGCAGACAGUUGUGCGAAGUUUUCCCAUUGCCUCCAUCACCAAGGAGAAGAAGAUCACAAUGCAGAACCAGCUACAACAGAACAUGCAAGAAGGACUACAGAUCACAUCAGCAUCUUUUCAGUUGAUUAAAGUAGCAUUUGAUGAAGAAGUGAGUCCAGAAGUAGUAGAGAUCUUUAAGAAACAGCUGAUGAAGUUUCGUUAUCCUCAGUCCAUUUUUACCACCUUUGCUUUUGCUGCUGGACAAACUACCCCUCAAAUAAUUUUACCCAAGCAGAAGGAAAAGAACACUUCCUUUCGUACCUUCUCAAAAACAAUUGUGAAAGGUGCCAAAAGGGCAGGGAAAAUGACAAUUGGGCGGCAAUAUUUAUUGAAGAGGAGGACAGGGACGAUUGUGGAAGAGAGAGUGAACCGUCCUGGAUGGAAUGAAGAAGAUGACAUAUCUGUUUCAGAUGAUAGUGAACUCCCCACAAGUACUACCCUGAAGGCCUCGGAGAAAUCUACGAUGGAACAGUUAGUGGAAAAAGCUUGUUUCAGAGACUAUCAGCGUUUAGGUUUGGGAACCAUAAGUGGCAGCUCUUCUCGCUCAAAACCAGAGUACUUUCGGAUCACUGCCUCCAACAGGAUGUAUUCACUCUGCCGGAGCUAUCCUGGCCUUUUAGUUGUACCUCAAGCUGUACAGGACUGUAGUUUACCAAGAGUAGCCUGCUGUUAUCGACACAAUCGCCUGCCUGUUGUAUGUUGGAAGAACUCAAGAAGCAGUACCCUGCUCCUCCGAUCUGGAGGAUUCCAUGGGAAGGGAGUAGUUGGCCUUUUUAAAUCUCAGAACUCCCCUCAGGCAGCUCCUACUUCCUCUUUAGAAUUUUCCAGUAGCAUAGAACAAGAAAAGUACUUGCAAGCCUUACUGAGUGCCGUUUCUGUCCAUCAGAAACUCAGUGGCAAUAACACCCUUACUGUCAGGCCAGCACUUGCACUGUCUCCAGGGACUGAAAGGAGGACUUCAAGAAUGUCCACUGUGCUUAAGCAGGUAGUGCCAGGACAUUUGGAUGUAAUCCCAUCCAAUAGCUUUGCUCGAGGAGGUGUUUGGGCAAGUCUUCGCUCUAGCACUCGCCUGAUCAGCUCUCCAACAUCCUUCAUUGAUGUUGGUGCCCGGCUGGCAGGCAAGGAUCACUCAGCGUCCUUCAGUAACAGCACUUACCUGCAAAACCAGCUCUUGAAACACCAAGCAGCCCUUUAUAUAUUUGGUGAGAAGUCGCAGCUAAGGAACUUCAAGUUAGAAUUUGCUUUAAAUUGUGAGUUUGUUCCUGUUGAAUUUCAUGACAUCCGACAAGUGAAAGCCAGUUUUAAAAAGCUGAUGAGGGCUUGUGUCCCAAGCACCAUCCCUACUGACUCAGAAGUGACCUUCCUGAGAGCCCUGGGAGACUCUGAGUGGUUCCCACAGCUUCACAGGAUAUUGCAGCUGGCUGUGGUUGUAUCAGAAAUACUUGAGAAUGGUUCCUCAGUUUUGGUGUGUUUGGAAGAAGGCUGGGACAUCACUGCACAAGUGACCUCCCUGGUUCAGUUACUCAGUGAUCCCUUUUAUAGGACACUUGAAGGCUUCCGGAUGCUGGUCGAAAAAGAGUGGCUCUCUUUUGGUCAUAAAUUCAAUCAGCGGAGCAGCUUGACCCUCAGCUGUCAGGGCAGUGGUUUCACUCCAGUUUUCCUACAGUUCUUAGAUUGUGUACACCAGGUUCACAACCAGUAUCCAACGGAGUUUGAAUUCAAUCUCUAUUACUUGAAGUUCUUGGCUUUCCACUAUGUGUCUAAUCGCUUUAAAACAUUUCUCCUGGAUUCAGACUAUGAAAGAUUAGAGCACGGAACUUUAUUUGAUGAUAAAGGAGACAAACAUGCCAAAAAAGGAAUUUGUAUUUGGGAGUGUAUCGAUAGAAUGCACAAGAGGAGUCCCAUUUUCUUUAAUUAUUUAUAUUCACCAGUGGAAAUAGAGGCCCUGAAGCCCAGUGUAAACGUUUCCAGCCUCAAGAAGUGGGAUUACUACGUAGAGGAGACCCUUUCCACGGGGCCUUCGUAUGACUGGAUGAUGCUGACCCCCAGGCAGUUCCCCUGCGAGGACUCUGAACUGGCAGGAGGAGCCGGGCCCCAGAGCCAGAGGAGAACAGUGUGGCCGUGCUAUGAUGAUGUCACCUGCACUCAGCCCAAUGCUCUCACCAGCCUUUUCAGUGAAAUUGAAAGAUUAGAGCAUAAAUUGAACCAAACCCCUGAGAAGUGGCAGCAGCUAUGGGAACGAGUAACCGUGGACCUUAAAGAGGAACCCAGGACAGACCGCCCUCAGAGACACCCUUCAGGCUCUCCAGGAAUUGUGUCUACCAACCUCCCUUCCUAUCAGAAGAGGUCUCUGCUGCACCUCCCAGACAGCAUCAUGGGGGAGGAACAGAAUGCCAGCAUCUCCCCAUCCAACGGAGUGGACCGGAGAGCAGCCACACUGUACAGCCAGUACACGUCCAAGAAUGAUGAAAACAGGUCCUUUGAGGGAACGCUCUACAAAAGAGGGGCUUUGCUGAAAGGUUGGAAGCCCCGUUGGUUCGUUUUGGAUGUAACAAAACAUCAGCUGCGAUACUAUGACUCGGGUGAGGACACAAGCUGUAAAGGCCACAUUGAUCUGGCUGAAGUAGAAAUGGUCAUCCCUGCUGGCCCCAGCAUGGGAGCCCCAAAGCACACGAGUGACAAGGCUUUCUUUGAUCUCAAGACCAGCAAACGUGUGUAUAACUUCUGUGCCCAGGAUGGGCAGAGUGCCCAGCAAUGGAUGGACAGGAUCCAGAGCUGUAUCUCUGACGCCUGAUGCCCAUGGUCAGCCCAAACAGAAGAGGGAGGAGGGCUCGUGCUGCCGGACAGGAAAAGUGUGAAUCCUUGAGGAGCUGACAGCUUCCUGCUCCGUGCUGACGAGUCAUCCUAGGGCCUAAGGUUCUCCUGCCGCGGCUUACCCAUUCCCCUCUUUCAGCAGUUGCUAUGUCUGCUUAGCCUGAGUGGAUGUGUCACGCAGGUCUAGUCAAGAGCCCCAGGCCCUCCCUGUAUCUUGCACUAGGUUGCUCUAACAGGGUCUUCAUGGUAAGGGAUCAGAAGAAUGCUUCCUGAGCCAACUGUCACCCAUACCCUAGGCAAAGUGGCUACCACCUACCUGGGUCCUUCUUCAUGAAAGCUAGAUGCUUUUAGCUCUUCAAGGUCCUAAUUUCCUUGGAGAGCUUUCUGACAAGCAAAAAAUCAAAAUCCUCCCAGACUAUCUUCCAUUCUGCAUAGAAUAGGUUUCCCAUCAGAGGCUUCUAUUCUUACUGCCUGACCUUUCGAGAUGCUCAGUUCUCUGGUGCUGUCAAAGGUGCUUUCACAAUACCUGCUCGGCCAUUGGGGUUCACAGCAAGACCAUCAGUGCUCAGUGGCAGGCAAAGGGGGCACACAAGGUUAUCCUGAUGGAAAAAGAUUGUCCAGGGAAUGAGGCAAUAAUCACCAGGCCAGUGCAGGAAAAUACUGCUUCCAAAACACUGAAUUUUCUAGGCCAAAGGUGCCCUGAGGAUCCAGGACUUUGUGUUCCCACGUAUUCUUCUGCUCCCUGACAGCUUCUUACACAAAAUAACAUGCAAAAUGCUGAAUGCACUAACUCACAAAACAGACACUUGCACUGAACUCCUAAUAAAGUGAAGAUGUUGGAAAGACAGAAGCCAGCUGUUUAUGACCACACGACGCCUGUGACAAGGGCUGUAUAGACUGUGGUCUCACUGUGGCGUGACUGGAUACCCAAAUGGCACCUUUGCACGUGAACAGUAAGGACUUGUUUAGUCUUUAGGGUUUCUUUACUCUUGAUAACCUGUGUUUGUUCAGCUUAAGAUACCGGGAAUGCUGUUUGUUCACCAUGAACAGAAACAGCUUUUCUGCCGCAGCCACUGCGGUCAACUGGAGUCGUAGGUAACUAGAUCAUUACAUUUGUUUUGAAAUGUUAAUAUGUUAAAUACCAAACUAAUAUUUCAAAAUAUGUAUAUAUGACUUCUGUAUCCUUGUUUUUCAGAUAGUCUGCUUAUAAUUUAAUAUAAAAUUAACUGAUUCAUUCGUAAGAUUUCAGUAAUGAAAUGGUUCCCUUUUUAAAAAGCCACUUUGUCUUUGUAGAUUAAAAAUAAAUCAGAUUUCCAAAUUUAAAAUUAUCUACACACUAGAAAACAGAACUGUGUUAAUAUAUAAGAAACUGGGGAAAAAUAACAAUGAAGGAUUUUUCUAUCAUUUUCAUUUUAUAAAUUGCCACCUGUGAAAAUGGUUUUUGCACAUUAUUUGUAUUUUUCUUUGUAUAUGAAAUAAUCUUUUGUACUCUGUAAAAUAUGGAGCCCAUUGUACCUUCAGCUAUUUGAGACUACGCAGUGCUUCUUUUGUAACUGGAUUCUUUUAACUUUCAUGAAGGCGCUGCAUGCCUUGCAUUCACUAACCACCUUGAAUUAAAUUUAUUUCUUAAGAAAAAGCCAUCCCUCAUUCACUGAAAUAAAGUUCACUGCACUGCGUAGCACUCGGAAGGCAACAUUUAUGAUUCAUACAUGGGACUAAACAUUCAAGCAUAAAAUACAGCAUAACCCAUUUCUGGCCUUGGUUCUAUUAAAUGUCAUCAGUGCCCUUUGCUCAGGAAGUAACCAGAGACACUAGAGAUGCUGACCUGAGCUUCUGGGAUCUGGACACACUGCUUCAGAGUUUAGGUAAGAGACCUGAAGCUGCCACUCCCACCCUGAGCCCCCAGUGAGCUGUGUGAAAUUACCUCUUCCGGGUCGCAGUUUCACCACCUACGGCAUAUGGCAAUUUGUGAAAAUUUUAGGCAGGAGAAAUUUAACUGUAGUUUGGAAGGAGGUUUUUCUG